GACGAAGCACAGUGAUGGGUGGAUUUCUCGUCAUCGCUGGAGAUGGCCUAACAGUAACUUCCAUAGGUCCACUAGAAUUUGUCAAGUCUCCAACGUUGAAAAGUUCCAUGGAAGAAAUGGUAGAAAAGUAAAGGAAUUGACAGAUGCAAAGCACGGCUACUUUUAUUGCAACUCUGCACCGGGGGAGCCAUCCAGACGCACGCAAGUGCCUCUUCUCUGGUUGUGUUGGAGACUGGAGAAACGGCUGCCAAGGAUCAGAUCAUCUCGUCUCCGUUUUGGCCAUCAUCCGAUCCAAGCACAGCAAAGAAAUACUUUGGCAACACCAUUUUCAAAGAGGUCGUAUGGCAUCAGUGCUGCUGCUCGGAGUUGCAAUCAUGCUGUACCUAGCCUCUACAUCAGCUCAGCCUGCCAUCAACUGCCAGACACAUUGUGGCGAUGUCGAAAUUCCUUAUCCAUUUGGCAUUGGUGCAGGCUGUGCUAUAGAAAAAGGCUUUGAAAUCAAUUGUAACAAGACCGAAGAUGGAACUAAAAAGCCGUUCAUUGUUAACAUCGAAGUUCUAAAUAUCUCAGUGUCCCGUGGCAAAACACGGGCGUUAAACUCCAUCUCAACAUAUUGCUACAACCGUAACACAACAGAAAUGGAAGACAAUCGGUGGUGGCUUUCCUUCUCCGGAUGGCCGUAUCGGUUCUCCAAUGUGGACAACAAGUUUAUAGUCAUUGGCUGCAACACGCUCGCAUAUGUGUACAGGACAGGAUAUACGACUGCAUGUGCAUCAGUGUGUGGGAGCACGGAGGACCUCACGAAUGGUUCAUGCGUUGGUGUAGGCUGCUGCCAAAAUGCCAUACCCAAGGGCUUAAAUCACUAUGAUGUCUAUUUCUACAGAGUAUACAAUGAUUCAAAUAGCUGGGAGUUCAACCGAUGCAGCUACGCUGCGCUGGUGGAAACAGAGUCAUUUAAUUUCAGCAGCGAGUACAUAACCACUACGAGGUUUAACGAGACCUACAAGGGACAGCAGCCGCUGGUGCUGGACUGGGCAAUUGGAAAUGAAACAUGCGAGGUGGCCAGGAACAAGCCCUCUUACGCAUGCCGUGAUAGAAACAGCCUCUGUGUGGAUUCGACCAAUGGCCCAGGGUAUCUAUGCAAUUGCUCAAAGGGGUAUGAAGGGAACCCUUAUAUCUCUGAUGGAUGCAAAGAUGUCGAUGAAUGUAAGAAGAAUCCAAGCCCAUGCCCUAAGGGUGCAGGUUGCCACAACACAAUAGGAGAGUACCGAUGUUCAUGUCCUCCAGGCAGAAAGCUGGCAAAAGAGACAAACUCUUGCAACCCAGACAUCAACCUUAUCAUAGGUAUUUGCAUCGGCUCCAUUGCUCUAGUGAUUAUCAUUUUCUGCAUGCGUGUAAUUUUUGAAAGGCGAAAGCUUACAAUUGUCAAGAAACAAUAUUUUCAGCAACAUGGAGGGAUUCUAUUAUUCGAGAAGAUGAAAUCUGACCAGGGACUUGCAUUCACGGUGUUUACUGAAUCAGAACUAGAACAAGCAACAAGCAAAUUUGACAAAAGCCAAAUUCUUGGUCAUGGAGGCCACGGCACUGUGUACAAGGGAAUAAUGAAGGAUAACAUUACAGUGGCAAUAAAAAAAUGUGCAUUAAUCGAUGACAGGCAUAAGAAGGAAUUUGGUAAAGAAAUGCUGAUUCUUUCCCAGAUAAAUCAUAAGAAUAUUGUUAAGCUGUUGGGUUGUUGCCUUGAAGUGGACGUCCCGAUGCUAGUAUAUGAAUUCAUUCCAAAUGGAACAUUGUUUGAUCUUAUUCAUGGCAAGAACCGGACAUCGCAUAUCCCUUUCAGUUCUCUCUUGAGGAUUGUGAAUGAGGCAGCUGAUGGGCUUGCCUUUUUACAUUCUUAUGCAAAUCCACCGAUUCUACAUGGUGAUGUGAAGACCUCUAACAUCCUUCUUGACGAGAAUUAUAUGGCAAAGGUAUCAGAUUUUGGUGCCUCUAUACUAGCACCAACUGAUGAAGCCCAGUACGUGACAAUGGUUCAAGGGACAUGUGGUUAUCUGGAUCCUGAAUAUAUGCAAACAUGCCGGUUGACAGACAAGAGUGAUGUUUAUAGCUUUGGUGUCGUCCUUUUGGAGAUCCUUACUGGGCAGAAGCCAUUAAAACUCGAUGACCAUGAGCUACAACGGAGCUUAUCCUCAAGUUUCUUAUUGGCUAUGAAGGAGAAUAAUCUUGAUGCUAUGUUGGACAGUCAAAUAAGAGGGCAUGAGAGCAUGGAGUUGCUUAGAGGACUUGCAGAGCUAGCUAAGCACUGCUUGGAUAUGUGUGGUGAUAACCGGCCCUCUAUGAAAGAGGUAUCCGAGGAGCUUAGCAGAUUAAGAAAACUUUCAAAACAUCCUUGGAUACAACGUGACAGUGAGACAGAGAGCUUUCUCGCUGGACAAUCAACUACCAGGUUUGAAAUAGAACAAAGCACGGAGUACCCAGGAAAGGAUGAGGAAAUGCCAAUGAACCAAAGCAGUUCUUACUUUGUCAGGUGAAAAUGAAAAGGUGAUGUGCUUAUACCAAGUAUACUUUAGCCGAUGGCACUGCUCGGAAGAAAAUGCUAUUACUGCUAGUACUUAUAUUUCAUUAAUUUUAUUGUAACUCAUUAGACAUUGUCUUGGUUUGAGGUUGCAUAGACAUAUCAUAAUUUAGAAUGAUCAAUUGUUCCAUGUUACAAGCUGGGGGCCCUACCCAAUGCUAUCCCACUCUCCAUGAAAAAUUAUGUGAACUUUCUCUAGAAGUUGGAGUAAAUAGAUAAAUCACUACUCAUGCCAA